AUGGCGAAAAGCGGCGAGUCCACGGUGGAGAUUGCGUCCUCCAGCUCCUCUCCUCUUACUCCCGCUUCCGCGUCGGCUACGAGGCCGAAGGCGAAACACCGUAUGGAGAUCGAGGGGUACCCAGUGGAUGGCGUCUCCAUCGGCGGUCAAGAGACCUGCGUCAUCUUCCCGACGCUGAGCCUCGCCUUCGACAUCGGCCGGUGCCCGCAGCGCGCCGUCUCGCAGGAGUUCCUCUUCGUCUCCCACGGGCACCUGGACCACAUCGGGGGGCUUCCCAUGUACGUGGCCACGCGGGGGCUCUUCAGGUUGCGUCCGCCCACCAUCUUCGUCCCGGCGUGCCUCCGGGACCUCGUGGAGCGGCUCUUCGAGGUGCACCGCGCCAUAGAUCAGUCCGAGCUCAACCACAACCUGGUCCCCCUUGAGGUCGGGGAGGAGUACGAGUUCAGGAGGGACCUCAAGGUCAGGGCUUUCAGGACCUACCACACCAUACCCAGCCAGGGGUAUGUGAUAUACUCGGUGAAGCAGAAGCUUAAGCAGGAGUUCAUUGGCCUACCAGGGAGCGAGAUCAAGCAGCUCAAGCUAUCAGGUGUGGAGAUCACGAAUACGGUGUCCACCCCUGAAAUUGCUUUCACGGGAGAUACAACAGCAGAUUUCAUUCUUGAUCCGGAUAAUGCAGAUGUGCUGCAGGCAAAAAUUCUUGUUGUGGAGAGUACUUUUCUAGAUGACGCCAUUUCAGUUGAGCAUGCAAGAGAAUAUGGACACACACAUUUAUCUGAGAUAGCCAGUCAGUCCAACAAGCUUGGAAACAAAGCUAUUCUACUGAUCCACUUUUCUGCUCGUUAUACUACAGAGGUGGGCUGA